CGGGCGAGGGCGGCGCGGCCAGAGCGCAGCGCGCGGGCAUCCCGCAUGGACCUCGAGGCGGCCGGCGGCCGGGGCGAUGGGUCAAGUCCUGGGAUUUGCCCACUGCAAAGAGUCUCCUUCUACCGCCUCCACUACACCUGACUCUACAGAUGGUGGCAACGAUGAAUCUGACUUCCCGGAGCUGCAGACGGCACGGGAGUUCUCUGAAGAUGAGGAGGAGGAGGCUUCUGUGGAAUGGGGCACGCCGCGGGAGCUGACUUUUUCCUACAUCACCAUUGCGGCGCCCCUCAGCGGCAGCCCAACCCUAGGGGAGCACGGCCCUCGCAGCCGGCGAGACUCCCAGACCCGCCGGGCGCGGGGCCCACUGCCACGCACCGAGACCUGCGAGACCUUUGUGCCGGCCCUGGGGGACAGUUUGGAGAACAUUCCCAGCCUCUGCCCGUCUCCCGACGGAGAGGGGGCAUCACCUCCGGGCGACUGCCAAGGACUGGACCCCUUCUCAGGCUGGGAUGUCCGCGCGGCCUGCUCCCACGAACUGGACGUAGCAGAAGGCAAGGGAGUGCAAGGGUCUCCACGUCACAGCCCUGUUGAGCAGGGGACGGAGUGGGGACGGAGCAGCAGCAGCAGCAGCAGCGAGGUGUGCUCAGAUCCAGCCGAUUCUUCCCUGGAGGGCCUCCUGCCACCUGACGCCUUAGCGCCCCAACCUGGAAUGGGGGCGCCUUGUGGUGCUGACAUCGUCCAACCCCAAGCACUGACCUCACCGGAGUUCCGCCGACUCUCACUGCGGCAUGAAGAGAUGGAGGAGGACCACGAGGAAGAGGGGGCAGGCCAGGAACCAGCCACGGAGCAGCAUCAAGUUGAACCAGACCAAUCAGGGAACACUCUGGAAAUAUGCAUCACAGCUGAGGAUGGGGGCCAGGAGAGGCUGCUCCAUAAAGUCCCGGCUCACCGCCAUCAUCGGCGGCUGGUGCUGCCCCUCCCCACGAGGGGCCCUGGAUUGGCAAAACCUUCUCUGGCCGCCAGGCCAAGACAGGACGGAGGAUCCUAUGAUGGGAGACGGCAGCUGGGAUUCGUCAGCUAUUAA